UCUAUGGUGAACAAAACACCAUGUGAAAUAAAUUAUGAAUAAUGAUUAUGAAUAAAUCAAAACUGACUGUAGUAAAUUGAUGGUAAAUUGGCACCUAAUCUACGAUUGGCAUAUGAGUUUAAUUUUUGAUUCAAUUCAUUCAAUCAUUUCGAUUGUUUACCCAGUUUAUACACGGUUUAUAUUUAUAGGUUAUGUACACAAAACAAAUAAAUAUAUACAACCCAGGAAGACUGAUAGAAAAUAAUUUUAGUUAAGUGAGACAUGCUAAAUAAUUUCAUCGCUACAAGUACUUUAUGAUGUACUGUCCACAAUGGUACAAAGCACAUUAUCUUAUUAAAAAUUUCAAAUUUGCUAUUCUUGGAAUUACCUUAUCGUAUUCAUGUUGCAUUACCCAAAAGCGAUAUUCUUUUAAUUUCCCAAUGGAAACUAAAAUAAAAUCAUUUGUAUUUAUGGACUGUGAAACAACAGGGCUACCGUUUGAAGAGAAUAACCGUACCAAAAUAACUGAAUUAACUUUAUGUGUUGUACAGUCUAUUCACAUCGAAAUGGGCGUUUUCCCUAGGAUUCAAGAUAAGUUGCAUUUAUGUUUUAAUCCCCAAAAAUUAGUAAGUCCUGCAGCUUCAACUAUUACCAAGCUUUCUAAUGAUCUAUUAGAAAAACAACCUGCAUUCACUACAUCAACUGCAAAUUUAAUUAGAGAAUUCAUUGAUUUGCAUCCUAAACCAGUAUGUUUAGUUGCUCAUAAUGGUAACAAAUUUGAUUACCCAAUUUUAAAAGCAGAACUUCUGAAAGCUAAAAUUAAUCUUUCAGAUGACAUAUUGUGUGUAGAUUCUCUAGAAGCUGUACAAUUCUUUCAUUCAGAAGAUAACAAAAAAAAAACUGAACAUAUUCCAUUUGAAUUGCAGGAUGGUUUUGAUGAAUUAAUAGUAAAUGUAGUUGAAGAUUUAGAACAACAUGAAACAAAUCUAAAAAAUAUCGCUGUUAAAGAAGAGAAAACUUUUGUUACAAAUUCAACUAUAUGUAACAAUGAAACUCAAGCUAAUUCAUCAACUGCACAACAAAUAAAUGAAACUACUCCUAAAUCUUCUAUAAUUCAGCAAAAUGAUAAAAAAGCUGCCUGUGGAGAUAAACUUAUUAGAAAACAUGAAAUUACUAAUCCCAAAAUAAGAAGGCGUCUUUUUAGUCCUGGAGUAAGUUUUAAAUUGGAAGAUGUAUUUCAAAGGAUAACGGGACAACCUGUAUCUAAUUCUCAUACUGCCGAAUGUGAUGUAGAUUCACUUAUCAGGAUUGCAGCUACUUUUGGAGAAAGGUUUACAUGUUGGGCUAAUUUUAAUUGUAGAAAAUUUAGUGACAUACCAGCUAUGACACCAGGAAAAAGAAUAGGCACCUGAGAAAGUAUUUUUAUUAGUCUUUUAAUUGUUUAACAAAUCAGUAUCAAGGAUUUGUACGCACUUAUUUAUGGUUUUUAUAAUAUACCUACCACCAUAUAGGGUAAUAUUCCCAGAGAUUUUUAAAAAACUGAAAGGCAUUUUUGUUUUACAUUUUCUGAAUAAGUACCAUG